UAUUUCUUAUACGAUUGUUGACAUUCGAUUAUACUUAUUUCUAUAGUAUUUUUAUAUAAAUAAUAUAUAUAUAUAUAUACAUAUAUAUAUGUGAGGAGAUUGCCGAUAUAUAUAAUGUAAGGGAGAAUCUAUUAAUGGGCGUUGGCGGGCAAUUUUAAAGUGCCGUCGAUACAACAAACAAUAUAAAUUAAUACAUAAAUCGAUAUAAAUUAUAUUAUAUAAAACAUUAGAAUAAAUUUCGUUAACGAGAGAAUAUAUAAUAGCGUUCACAUACAUUGAUAUUUUUCUUUAUACAUAUAUAGAAACGAAGGUUAUAUGAAACGAAGAGAGGGGAAAGGGAAAACACGACAAACUAUAUAAUGAAACUUCGAUCAUGUACCAUACUCCGAACGUAUAUAUGUUAACGCUAAGCUAUAUUGGUGUGUUAGUAAACAAGGGCUUCUUCUGACGUCAUAAAAAGCAAUUGGACCACGAGCAGAGCGAACGUGUUCACGUGACUCUCGCGAACGAUAAAUACGUUUAUAUAAUACACGGCAGUGAUCUGCCAGAUGUACAUCGUGGCGGAAGUCCUUCGACCGUCUAAUAUUUUCUUUUAUUUAUUAUAUUACUCGCGUUUUUGAGCUUAAUAUAUACACAUAUUUAUCCUUCAGUCAUACACCUAUCUUAUACAUAGGAUACAUUGUUCUACUAAUUAUCGAUACAAUACGUUUAAUUGGAGUGAAGAUUUAUAUAUACAUAUGUAGGAGACCUGUAUCUUUACGAAGGAACGCAUGAUUUGAUUAUUUUAAUUCAAGGAUCAUGGAUAAAAAUUCUACUGGGCCAAUAAUCAGGAUGUCAUCAUCCGGGACUCAUGGAGCCGGAGGUAUCGAAUGUUGUUGCUGUAGAUGUUGUACCUGCAUACACAUCGAGUUUCUUAAAACUUUGCCGGGAGUCGUAAAAGUCUUCGAAACAGUAAUUAGCGGACUCAUUCAGAGUUUGUUAGUCAAUUACGGUCUAAGGUAUAGUACGUCCAUUGGAUCUGCCUUUGAGGGAUCUUUGACGACGUCCUCGGCCUGCUUUUUGAUAUCCACCGUUUUGUUGAUCUGCUAUGUAGUCUCAGAAAAAUCUUACAGACUUAUCCGUUCAUCACUUUUCGAAAUGAUGUUCAACGCAUUGGCAAGCUUUUUGUACAUGAGUUCUGCCUCUUACCUCGCCUUUUCAACAAAAUUAUUUCUCUUGCCUGAGUAUUAUCUAAAGCCAGGAUUUGAUGUUUAUCCUGCUAUGACAGCAGCUUACAUUAUGAGCGGAGUCGUUGGAGUAUUACACGGAUUUGAUGCAUAUUUCUCCUUCAUUUAUUAUAAAACGGGCAGAUAGAUUUAAAUGUUAAUAGGACCGAAUUUGAUGAUACCGCAGAUCGGAACAUUUCAAUGUUGCACCUAAACGUAUUGAUUAGAACUCAGUCCAUAGAUAUUUAAUUAUAGAUAACAUCAAAACGUUUAGGCGUUAACGUUAAAACAUCUCAUUAUGUAUAAUCAAGGUAUAGGAAAGAUCCCUUAGCCGGGGAUGACGAUUGAAAAUGAUGAGCGUUUAAAGAAUCAAGAAAAAUUUCACAAUUCCGACGAAUUUUCGUAUCCUCUCGUCGAUGGAAGAGGGCCGGUUUCGUUGUCGCAGGAAAUUGAUCGUAAAGUGGUACGAACAGUUUAUUUCAGAGCUAUUGAAAGUGAAAUAAAUUGUUUAAGUGCUCGGGCCCGGUGUCUCGAAGCGAGAGAAGGCAGGCGCGAACGUGCUGGCCUGUCUAGCUGGCCAUCUAGACGUUCUCUUUGCUUAUUCAUUGCUCACGGCUCACCAAAACGGUGAAAUUUUGCGCGCACAUGAAAGAAAAAGAGAGAAAGAAGAAGGUACAGACAGUAUAUAUAGAUAGAUAGAUAGCUAGUUAGAUAGAUAGAUAGACAGAUAGAGAGAAAGAGAGAGAGAGAAAGCGUUAAUUGUACGGGAAAAAAAAACGGAGGACAACUCGAAUGGUCUCAUUAUAUUCCUCUAGUUGAAUGUAAGAUAAACAGUUAAUUAAUUAUCGCAAAGUUGGUACCUACGAGCAAUGCUUUUCCAACGAAGUUUCAUCCCGAUAAGAUAAAUUCUUAAUGCGGAACAAUAAAAUGAGAAUAAUCUCAAUAAAAGUUACUUGCAGAAUUUGUUUCGCGCACGUUUAUUCUAAUAGCAUUGGCGCGAAUAGCGUACCAUAUGCCCGAACGUUACUUAAUAUAAUAAAAGAUUGAUUUUUUUACAGAAUUUCACAGAAAACAACUUGUGAUCGUCUUAAUGAGUUUCGCUUGAAAUUGUAAAAGGAAAGGGAAGUAACAACGACCACAAUAAUAUUUUCCUUGAGAUGAAGAAAAAAGAAUAUAUUUCUGUAUAUAUAUAGAUACAAGUGCGAUAAGAAUAUAUUGACUCAUAUUAGAGUUUCAAGGAGUUAAAUCAAAUAGAUUUACGUCUCUAUUAAUUACAAGCACGAAGAAUGUAUGUAUAUCUUGGUCGACUACGGAAACACCUUUCACGCCGGAAGAAGAAGAUGCGAUCGUAACUUUGGUCGUCGUAGUAAUUGGCGUAAUCGUCACUAUUGUUAUUUUAUUUUCAAUGGGAAUUUUUAUCGAUUGUAAACAUCA